GUGCUUAAAACCAGCAGAGCUGCAGAAAGUAACCCAACAGGAGGGAUGAGUGUGUGAGAGAAAGAAGACGGAAGAGGAAUUGACUAUGAUAAAACAUUCAGUGGUUCUCUUUUAACGAGUCGCUGGCGCAGCCACAACCUGUUAUAUUGGCACAUUCUUCUUGGACGUUCCACAUUCUGUGUACUCCCAGGAUUGUCCACAGCUUGGUCCAUUUUUACCAAAACCUGAGGAACAUCAUUCUGCUCAUUUUGAGGACCAGUGGAGGACAGAUGCUGAAGAUGACCUCUGCCCCUAAUGUCACAGACGGCCCAGUGUUCUGCCCCCUGCUGCAGAACAUGAGGGAGCACACACUCAACAACAACUCAAAGACCAACAUGGCGGUGGUUUGCGUCCAUGGUGUGGUCUCCUGCCUUGGAAUUUUGGAGAAUGCCCUGAUCAUCUGGGUGGUGGGGUUCCGCCUGCGAAACCACACCGUGGCUUCGGUUUGGGUGCUGAACCUGGCCUUGUCAGACUUUUUGGCCACCCUAACACUUCCCCUGUUCACCUUCUACUUCUACUCCUCUCACAGCUGGGAGCUCAGUGAUGCACUUUGCUCGCUGCAGGCUUCCAUUUUCUUCCUGAACAUGUUUGUCUCGGCUUUCCUGUUGGCGGCCAUCUCAUUGGACCGCUAUCUACUUGUGGUCAAACCGGUGUGGAGCAAAAAUCACCGGACGGUGGUAGGAGCGUGGAAGGUGUGUGCGUUUGGUUGGUUGUGGGCGGCAGUUAACACCAUACCUUACUUCCUUUUCCGCGCAGUGACCAUGAAGGAGGACGGGAGGAAACUGUGCUACCAUAACUUCGCCUUAUAUUCAUCCCCGGGAGCAACACUGAUGAGGGACUGCAAAGUGCGGCAAGCGGCAACAGCCAUCUCCAAGCUGUUGUUAGCAUUCCUGAUGCCCCUUUUGGUGAUUUUACUGAGUUACAUCCAAAUGUGUAUCAGCCUGAAGAAAAGGAGGAAGUGGAGGAAGCAGAGUACUAUCAAGCAACCAGAAGCAAGGUCGAUUUCAAGCAAAAAUGAGACACCGGAGUUUACAAAUACCCUCAAAACCACAAAAAUGACUAAAUCCAUCUUCAGGAAGCGAAAGGCUUCCAGUCAGAGUCAUAAUUCUGUGACUUUUCGGGGUCCGCUGUCCAAGAGCUUCACCAAAAUGGUGAUGUUUGUGAUUGCGGUUUUUGUGCUUUGCUGGGCUCCCUAUCACAUCUUCUGCAUUCUUGAAGUGGUGGCCCAGUACCGGCCCCCAACUCUCUUACUGGUGGAUGUUGGGCUGCCCAUCGCCAGCACCUUUUCGUUUCUGAAUCCAGUCUUGAAUCCCAUUCUGUACACCUUUAGCUGCCCAAACUUCUGUGUCAGAAUACGACAGAAUUUAGGAACAUUGUUUGAUGGACUGGUCGAGGAGGGGGGAGGGAUUCUGAUGGCCCCAGCGAGGACUAUAAGAGCACAAAUUAGGCGGAGGAGCAGUGAGGACACAUCCCUCCCAUCUCCAGUGUCGAAACAGUCUCCACAUUCACCCUUACAAGCCUUCUUCAUGUCAUCUUCCUCCAGCAGUCAAUAUGCUGACACUGAGCAUGUAUGACGAAAUGUGAAAUGGGACAUUUAGCAGAGGGUCACCCCUUUGAGUCUGGUCUGCUUGAGGUUUCUUCCUCAGAGGGAGUUUUUCCUUACCACUGUUGCUCUGGAGGUUGGUAAGGUUAGACUUUACUUGUGUGAAGCGCCUUGAGGCAACUUGGUUGUGAUUUGGCACUAUAUAAUUGAAAAUUGACAUGACCCAGAGUUUGACAUUUUUGGAAUUUAGCCUGUUUGAGAAAGACAAGCUUUUCCAGGUUUCAAGGUUUUGCUGCUGGCAUAUAAGACUCUAAAUAUCUUUUACACUGUUUCAAUAAGUCAUGUUUAUUUUGUGUAUGUAAACUUUGACCCACUGGAAAUCUGGCGCUACAAACAAAAACGGAUAUUAAUCUGUCAUUCCUUUUGAUAAUAUGAUGAGGAAAUGAAUUCAACUUUCUGUCUGACUGAAAUUUAAGGAAUUACAACAAACUGGUUUUAGCUACGGCAUAUGAACAUUUAUAAUCCCAUGCGAUUAUGUUUCUUACAUUAAAAAGAUGGUUGUUUUUGACAAAAAAAAAAAAAAAAACAAGAAAUAAAAAUGUGUUUGACACGUAAAGGAUGUGUUUUAUUGUGGAAAUGUGGAAACACUGAACUUUAAUUUGAAAAGGUUUUAUUUCACCCAUGUGGAAUAACUUCAUUUGGUUUGUAAAUUUAAGAUUAAGGUUAAAGUUG